CGCCGCGCGCCCGCCGGGACUGCGGCUGGCAGAGGCCCGCAGCGCUGGCGGCGAGCAGCAGUCGGGGUCCGCACGCUCCGGUGGGGGCCCUGGUUCCUGCAAGCAGCUCACCGCAGCACCCCGAAAGUUAAGCUGAAACCGCUGCUCAGCUUCCAAGAUGUUACCACCCAAAGUGCAUGCGCUUUUCUGCCUCUGCAGCUGCCUCGCACUGGUCCAUCCUAUUGACUGGCAAGACCUAAAUCCUGUUGCCCAAAUUAGAUCAUCAGCAUGGGCCAAUAAAAUACAAGCUCUGAUGGCUGCUGCAAGCAUUGGCCAAUCUAAAAUCCCCAAAGGAAAUGGAUCUUACUCUGUUGGUUGUACAGACUUGAUGUUUGAUUAUACUAAGAAGGGUACCUUCUUGCGUUUGUAUUACCCAUCCCAAGAGGAGGACCCCCACUCUGACACCCUUUGGAUCCCAAACAAAGAAUAUUUUUUUGGUCUUAGUAAAUAUCUUGGAACACAUUGGCUUAUGGGCAAAAUACUAAGCUUAUUUUUUGGUUCAAUGACAACUCCCACAGACUGGAACUCCCCUCUGAGGACUGGGGAAAAAUAUCCACUAAUUGUUUUUUCUCAUGGUCUUGGAGCAUUCCGAACAAUUUAUUCUGCUAUUGGCAUUGAUCUGGCAUCCCAUGGGUUCAUAGUUGCUGCUGUAGAACACAGAGAUGGAUCGGCCUCCGCGACUUACUAUUUCCAAGACCAGUCUGCUGCAGAAAUAGGAAACAAGUCUUGGCUCUAUCUCCAAAGCCUCAAAACAGAGGAGGAGGAGAUGUCUGUACGAAGUGAGCAGGUACAGAAAAGAGCAAAGGAGUGUUCUCAAGCUCUUGAUUUGAUUCUGGACAUUGAUCGUGGAAGGCCAGUGAAGAAUGUCUUAGAUUUAGAAUUUGAUGUGGAGCAAUUGAAGGACUCUAUCGACAGGGAUAAAAUAGCAGUAAUUGGACACUCUUUUGGUGGAGCCACCGUUGUUCAGACUCUUAGUGAAGACCAGAGAUUCAGAUGUGGUAUUGCCCUGGAUGCUUGGGUGACUCCGCUGGAUGAUGAAAUAUUUUCCAGAAUUCCUCAGCCCCUCUUUUUUAUCAACUCGGAACGGUUCCAAUAUCCUGCUAAUAUUGAAAAAAUGGAAAAGUGCUACUUACCCGGCAAAGAAAGAAAAAUGAUUACAAUCAGGGGUUCAGUCCAUCAAAAUUUUGCUGAUUUCACAUUUGCAACUGGCAAAAUAAUUGGACACAUAUUCACCUUAAAAGGAGAUAUAGAUUCAAAUGUAGCACUUGGUCUUAGCAACAAAGCUUCAUUAGCAUUUUUACAAAAGCACUUAGGACUGCAGAAAGAUUUUGAUCAGUGGGAUUCUUUGAUUGAAGGAAAAGAUGCUAAUCUUAUUCCAGGGACCAACAUUAACAUAACAAGCCACGAUGUCAGUCUACAGAACCUUACAGAAACAGAGCAAUAGCAUUUAGAUUAAAGGCACUUUUUUAAAAGUCUUGUUUAAAAACAGUCUAAAAGU